GUUCAAUGCAUUUCUAGGGCAUCUCAGGUCGAUAAACUUUAACUGGGAUCCGGUCAGUUUAAUCUUCUGACCUUCGUGUCCAUUUUCUCCUUUAGAUGUUUCAGCAUUUCUCUUGGCAUCCUGCUGAGGAAAUUCUGUGCAAAUAAUAGGCCAAAGUGUGGAAGGAACGUAUUAGUUUUAAAACCUAGUCGUUAUAUGGUUUUAUACCAUUUUAAUCUCUCAUUAUUACACAAUUGGCUUUCAGGUCAUACAGACCUUGCGCCAAAGUUCCUCUGCAGUGGAUGGGAUGUCCCGUUACAUGCGGCGAGAUCACUGCAGUCAGCGAUAACGCCUAGGCUGGCUGUCAACCUGUAGAAAGACCCUCUAUCUCCGAUCAUCUCUAUAAUCUCUAACUCUUAACAUUGUUCGUGCUCAUUCUCAAUUUUUAGCCUUUAUUAACAUGCUGUUUUGACAGAGCAGUGAGACGUUUUUAUACCCCUUUGGGAGGUUUUCAGGGCGAUCGUUACGUGCCAGUCACGUGUCAGCCAGCCCCUGUGAGAGCUACUUUGGUUCACGCGACCCUUCUCAAUAAAUCGCAAAAGUUCUGUUGAACUCUGAGGGGGAAUACACACAGUUAAAUAAAGUUAUGGCUCAUUCAUCCUCAAAGGAACGGGUCCUGCAAUGUCGAUGUAUAUGUCAAGGAAACUUCAAGUAGAAGCAGCCUAUUAAGUGCACUAUCAAAAGGACAGUGUGCACCUAAAAUGUAGGCAUCUCCCAUCUAGCUCUUCGAGCGCAGAACACCAUCGAUAUUUCUUACUAUUGGAGAUCAAGAGGAAACUACUUCAAAAUCUGAUGGAAGAUUAAGGUAUGCAUAUAAGUGCAAGGCUAACCUUGACACAGCUGUAGAUGUAUCUCCCUAUCCAGACACACCAGAGGAUGACGCUACAGUAGACAACAGAUCUUUUGAAUUCUCUCUGCUGCUGCUUUCACCAUGCUACCUAAAGAACACAACAGCGAGCCCAAGGCUGCCAAGCUCAGCCUGUUCAACAGAAAUAACGCCCUGAAUGCCUGUAUGAAGAAAGAGGAGAAUAAAGAGAAGGAGAUUCAUUAUGAGGAUUCCCCAGAUGGUGGCUGGGGCUGGAUGGUUGUACUUCACUGCUUCCUGGUAAAUGUGCUGGUGAUGGGGACCCUGAAGACGUUUGGGAUCUUCUUCGUGACAUUCCAGGAUGAGUUCGGAGGGUCGGCAGAGAGUAUCAGCUGGAUCGGCUCAAUCAUGUCUAGCCUGCGGCUCUCUGGAGGUCCCCUGGCCGCUGUAUCGUGUGCGAAGCUGGGGAACAGAGUGACCUCUAUAGCUGGGGCUGUGCUGGUCAGUGUUGGCUUCCUCAUGAGUGUCUUUGCCACCAGUGUGGUAUUCCUAUACAUCAGCAUGGGGCUGAUUGUGGGCCUGGGCUUUGCACUCCUGUACCAAGCCACCUCUGUUGUCACGGCAACAUAUUUCCGUAAGAGGUUAGCGACGGCAUACUCCAUCGGGCGGUCUGGGAUGGGCUUGACCUUCGCCCUCGCCCCUUUCACUCAGCUGCUGCUGGAUCAGUAUGCCUGGCAAGGAGCUCUGCUGAUCCUAGGAGGCCUGAUGUUAAACCUGGUGGCCUCUGGGAUGCUGCUAAGACCCAUCCACAUUAAGCCUGCACCACCCCCUUCCUCAUCCUCAUCUUCAUCCAUCCAAAAAAGCCCUCUGAUAGAUCCAGAGAAGGAGAAGGACCGCCCUCAGAAUGGAUGCUGCUUUAACAGAUCCACAAUGUUAACCAAUGGCAUCACCAAAUUAGACUCUUCUCCUUCCAGUCCACAACCCCUGCAUUGGGACACUGAGACCUCAGAGAAGGUCUCCACACAUGGGUUGGGUCAGAGCAACUACAUCCCCCCACCUCCACCAAACCCUGAACUGACCAAGCUGGUACAAAACAGCGUGAACAGGCACGUUCAGGAGGCAUCCCCUCCCACAGCCACCAUAGACAGCCCCAGCCUCAUGGAACAGAACGGUACCAUUAGCCUAAACGGUUCCGCUGUGUUUGGGUUCUCCUCACCUAAUGGUUCUACCACUGUGGAUGAUCACAUCCCACCGGCUGUGAAAAAUAACAGAGUCCUAGACUUCUCCCUGUUGAAGAACCCCUUCUUCUGCAUCUACACUUGGUCCGUGGUAUUCAGCCAGCUGGCUUACUUCAUCCCCUACUUCCACUUGUCUGCCCGGGCCAGGAACCUGGGUAUAGAUGCCAUGGAUGCUUCCUUCAUCAUCUCUGUGGCAGGGAUCACAGAGACUAUAGCCCAGCUAGGCUCUGGUUGGCUAGCGGAUAAGAACCCGUUCCAUAAGUACCACUAUCACAAGGCCUACCUGAUCCUGUGUGGAGUGGUAAACCUGUUUGCCCCACUGGCUAACACCUACAUGCUGCUCAUGGUUUACGCUGUCUUCUUUGCCAUCUUCUGUGGCGGUUACAUGGCACUGCUACUGCCUGUCCUGGUGGAUCUGGUAGGGCAAGAGAAACUCAACAACUCCAUGGGAUUUUCUAUGUUCUUCGUAGGCCUCGGCUGUCUGACAGGACCUCCUCUCGCAGGUUUCCUGUAUGACUACACACAGACCUACGACUGCUCCUUCUACCUAGCGGGGGUGUGUUACCUGCUCUCCUCUGUCUCUCUCUUCCUGGAGCCUGUGGCGAGGAGGUGGCAGAGCAGAAAGAGGAGACGCGAGGCCCGCGAUGUAGACACCAGCCGGAAGACUAACGGCUGCUUCUGCCCUGAGCUUCCUGUCCUAAAGAACAGCAACAACAAUGGCGUCGUCUAGAAGGUAGUUUCACCCCAGCUAGCACAUUUGGUUCCUUGGAAGUUCGUAUGCAAAAUAACCAUAGGGCAAUCACCAUGCCUUAACAAUCACUACGGGAGCAGUAUGCUAGCUGGGGGACAUUACCAUACUCUCCUUCAUUAAGCCUGGAAUCAUGUAGAUGGAGGGAGGACAGGGUUGGCAUCCUGUUCCUAAUAUAUGUCAUUUAGCAGACACUUGAUAAUUAUUCAAAGCGACUUACAGUAAAGUGAGUACAGACAUUUUGGGGAUUUGUGAGCCCAGCGGGUAUCGAACUUGCGACCUUGGCAUUACUAGCACCAUUGCUCUUACUGAGACACACAUAACCAUGUAGAGGGAGGGAGAGCAGAGCUGGCUGCUUCCCCUUUCUCUCUCCUUCCUUAAAACAAGCAUGUGCCAACUGUGCCAGUUACCCAGCUUUUGGGUGGACUGAAAUGACCCUGCUGCUUUGGCGAAAGCCAAGGAAUACCCAACUGACUGACUGACUGUCUGACUGAGGAGAAAGCCAAGGAAUACCCAACUGACUGACUGACUGUCUGACUGAGGAGAAAGCCAAGGAAUACCCAACUGACCGACUGUCUGACUGAGGAGAAAGCCAAGGAAUACCCAACUGACUGACUGUCUGACUGAGGAGAAAGCCAAGGAAUACCCAACUGACUGACUGUCUGACUGAGGAGAAAGCCAAGGAAUACCCAACUGACUGACUGUCUGACUGAGGAGAAAGCCAAAGAAUACCCAACUGACUGUCUGACUGACUGUCUGACUGAGGAGAAAGCCAAGGAAUACCCAACUGACUGUCUGACUGAGGAGAAAGCCAAAGAAUACCCAACUGACUGUCUGACUGACUGUCUGAGGAGAAAGCCAAGGAAUACCCAACUGACUGACUGUCUGACUGAGGAGAAAGCCAAGGAAUACCAAAUUGACUGUCUGACUGACUGUCUGACUGAGGAGAAAGCCAAGGAAUACCCAACUGACUGACUGACUGAGGAUAAAUUAUUAUGACCACAGCAAUGUUACUGUAAUAGCUUAAAAAUGGUUGUAGAUAUAACGAAGACUUUUCCUUCAGUCCAUAAAGACAGGCAGCAAACGGAGAAUCCUGUUUUGUAACUUUUUGAAUACAAGACAAAUGUACACUUAUUCUGCUCGGCCACAUGUUAUCCCUCAUGUUCUCAUGGCAUCGCCUGACGCCUGCUACACAAAUCUCAUUGUAGUGUGGACUAAUGUGGCUGGAACACUUGACGUCAUUUUUCUGAGGAAUUGAACAACACAACAAACUUGUCUACACAAUCACAUCCUAUAUUCAUCAGAAACGGUACACUUCUGUGUUAAAUACAGUAGAACGUACAGUACAACGUACAGUACACCCACGAAUGAGUCUUGGGUUCCGUCCCAAAUGACACCGUAUUCCCUAUAUAGUGCACUACUUUUAACCAGGGCCCACAGGGGUCCCAUGGGGGCUGGUCAAAAGUAGUGCACUAUAUAGGGAAUAUAGGGUGGGGUUUUUUUGGCACGCAGGGCCCUGUACACAAAAAAAUGUUGAGAUCAUGUUAUAUAUGAUAUGGGUUACUGUAUGUACCAUAUAGAUGAUGUACCAUAUGUCUGGUAUAUACAGUUCAUUCAGAAAGUAUUCACACCCCUUUGCCUUUUUACACAUUUUGUGGAAUUAAAAUUAAUUUUAUUGUCCCUUUUUUUGUCAAUGAUCAAAUGUGAAAGAAGAAAUAAAUACAUAGAUAAAUAUUCAACCCCCUUAAGUCAAUACAUGUUAGAAUCACCUUUGGCAACGAUUACAGCUGUGGGUGAUUUCGGGUAAGUCUCUAAGAGCCUUUUUGCAAAACUUCAAGCUCUGGUUGUUGAUCAUUGCUAGACAGCCAUUUUCAAGUCUUGCCAUAGAUUUUCAAGGUGAUUUAAGUCAAAACUGUAACUUGGCCACUCAGAAAUAUUCAAUGUUGUCUUGGUAAGUAACUACAAAGUAUAUUUGGCCUUGUGUUUUAGGUUAUUGCCCUGCUGAAAGGUGAAUUUGUCUCCCACUGUCUGGUGGAAAGCAGACAACCAGGUUUUCCUUUAGGAUACUGCCUUUGCUUAGCUAUAUUAAGUGUAUUUUUAUCCUAAAAAACUCCUUAGUCCUUGCCGAUGACAAGCAUACCCAUAACAUGAUGCAACCACCACCAUGCUUGAAAAUAUGUAGAUUGUAACUCAGUGUUGUGUUGGAUUUGCCCCAAACAUAACACUUUGAAAAAGUUAAUUUCUUUGCCACAUUUCUUGCAGUUUUACUUUAGUACCUUAUCGCAAACAGGAUCCAUGUUUUUAAAUAUUUAUAUUCUGUACAUGCUUCCUUCUUUUCACUCUGUCAUUAGGCUAGUAUUGUCGAGUAACCAAAAUGUUGUUGAUCCAUCGUCAGUUCUCAUAUCCCAGCUAUUAAACUCUUUAAAACUC